CCAUUACUCGUCCCCAAUUAGGCAUUAGUUAUCCAACCAAAAACCACACACAACACAACCCUUUCAUUCCUCCCUCCAAGAGCACACAAAAAUGGCACUUCAGCUCUCAUUGCAAUUCCCCAUAUUACCAAAGACCUCUUCUUACCCACAAAUCAAACUUACACACAAACCCAUGACAAUCACAAGAACCACAAAAAGAAACAUCACCCAAUUCACCAUCAAAGCCACCACCAGUGAUGAAGAAAACAACAACAACAACGUCUCUGAGCCCCAAAUUGUUAGUACCCAACAGAGCACUCCCAAUGAGCAACAACCACAGCCCACCAACAGCUCAACCAGCGAUCUGUCGGAUUUGGGUUCGGAGAUCAAGAAGGCGAUGAAGGAGAGAGACGGCGACGGCGGAGGGGAUUUGUGGAGCGGAGUGGCGGAGGAGAUAAGGGAGAUCGAGUGGCCUGCUUUCGGAAAGGUGGUGGGGACCACUGGGGUGGUGCUCGGAGUCAUCGCUGGCUCCAGCGUCGUUUUGCUCACUGUUAAUGCCGUUCUGGCUGAGCUCUCCGACCGAGUUUUUGCCGGCAAAGGGCUUCAGGAUUUCUUCGGAUGAGGGUUGGGGUUAGGUUUUGGUACACUGAGAGACACCACAGAGAGUACGGUGCUCCUGAUGCUCAAAAUAGGACACGUCGGCAGGCUGUGUAUGAGAAAUUGUGAAUUUGUUGGGUUGUGCAAUAUUAUAAGCUUGAAUUUCCAUAAUCUUUUGGCUCAA